GACACGCAUAACAGCGACACUGGACACGCGUUUCUUGAAAAGGGCAACAUACACAUUGGAGGUGGAAGUGGUGUGAAAGAGGAGGGACUUGAGACUUCAGUUUGCGUUUCACUGUGCAAACUGAAGGGCGCUCACGCUCGGCUCUCCUGGACUGACCGCUGAGCCACGGAACUAGUUUGCGCGGACAUUGCCUUCACACGUUAAACUCCCACAACUGUGCUCACCGGCGACAGCGGACGUGCAGUAAACCCGGUGAAGCCUAGAAGUUGUCCGUUUCUUCCUAAAGCGCCACUCUUUCAUGCGAAGAUGUGAAUUUCCACGGGAGGAUUCAGAGUCGUGCCAUGGUUUUGACCUGCGCGCUCCUCACAGAAAUGGGCCGCUCCACAUCUACGGGUACAUGAAUCUGAGUUCCACCGGCCAGAUGCCUGAGAUGGAAGAAGUAGAUACAAAUGAGAGCAACGGGUUGGCGAAGAGGAUUGCUCUCAUCAGCUUCCUGUCACUGGUCAUGCUCAUGAGCGUCCUGGGCAACCUGCUGGUUAUGGUGGCCGUCUGCAAAGACCGGCAGCUCAGGAAAAUCAAAACCAACUACUUCAUCGUCUCGCUGGCAUUUGCUGACCUUCUGGUGUCAGUGCUGGUGAUGCCAUUUGGUGCCAUAGAACUGAUCCAUCAGAACUGGAUCUACGGAGAGACCUUCUGCCUGGUCCGCACCUCUCUGGACGUGCUGCUGACCACCGCCUCCAUCUUACACCUGUGCUGCAUCUCUCUCGACAGGUACUAUGCCAUCUGUUGCCAGCCGCUGGUUUACAGGAAUAAGAUGACACCACUGCGAGUGGCUCUAAUGAUCGGAGGAUGCUGGAUAAUCCCAACCGUUAUUUCCUUCCUACCCAUAAUGCAAGGCUGGAACAGUAUUGGAAUAAAUGAUUUGAUAGAGAAGCGGAGGUUCUCUGGCAACUCCACGGUGUGUGUGUUUAUGGUGAACAAACCAUAUGCGCUGACCUGCUCGGUCGUGGCCUUCUACGUACCGCUGAUCCUGAUGGUGCUGGCGUACCAGCGCAUCUACGUCACGGCGCGGGCACACGCUCGACAGAUCAGCAUGCUGCAGCGGGCCGGAGGAGCGGGGAACGCAAACAGCGCGGACCACCAACGCAACCACCGCAUGCGCACCGAGACCAAGGCGGCCAAGACUCUGUGCAUCAUUAUGGGCUGCUUCUGCCUGUGCUGGGCCCCUUUCUUCAUCACGAACGUGGUGGACCCCUUUAUAGACUACAGUGUUCCUGAGCAGCUGUGGGCGGCCUGCCUCUGGCUGGGCUACAUCAACUCCAUGCUCAACCCCAUCCUCUACGCCUUCCUCAACAAGUCCUUUCGUCGUGCCUUCCUCAUCAUUCUCUGCUGCGGACACAAGCGCUACCGCCGACCUUCCAUCCUGGGCCCUGGAAAGACCUGCACGGCCACGCAGAUCAACGGCUCGACACACGUCCUGAAGUAUUCAGCUCUUCACAAUGGAAACCACACUGAACAGGAGAAACUGCCAAUACAGAACGACACAGAGUCCCAGGAGUCAUGUUUCUGACACAGGCCAGCCUCUAAUGAGGAGCAUCACUGGAAGAGGUGCCAUUUCUCACCACCCUGCCUGCAGCUCAGACCCGACCAGAGCCCUUCAGGAGUCGAGUACAGGGAGCUGCACUGAACUGUUUGCUCAAAGAGCUGCUGAACAAUGAGGGAAAGAACAAUGUUGCCAAAGGUAUCUGGUCUGUAUUUUAGGAUACGAAUUUCCAUUGCAAAAGAAUGUUGGUAAGGGUUUUCCCAAUGUGUUUGUUUCCUUUUUGGUUCUCCUGGGAAUACUAUUUCCAAACCAAAAAGACGUCGUUCAAGCUUUAUCCAGAGAGGCUUUUAUUAGUUCUAGAGUCAGGAUAGCACUUCCUGAAAGCUACAGCACAAGUGCUGAACAGCUAAAGAAAGAUUUAUUUUUAUUCUAUAAAGGAAAAAAUACAUUCACACCACAGUAUUAAGAGUUAGAGCUGGGAGCAUUGCUGAGCGAUUUCUCUAAUUUCUAUUUUUUAAUUGUUCCAUUAAUGAAUUCUCAAAACAACAGUUCUAAUAUAGGAUUGUCACAUGAAUUGAAAUGUAAAAUGUUAAAAACAAC